UGUUAGGCAUGUGGGGAUGUGUAGCAUAUUGCAGUGUGUGCACAACCCCUCCUUUACUCAGCCGCACUGGCUGGGGUACCUGCUGCUCUCCAAACGUCACACCACGGAUUGUAUUAUAAAGUGCACACAAUAGACCGUUGAGGCAUUCAUUUCGACACUGGAGUGCAGCGGCAGCUUGAGAGCGAGCGAGGCGCUGCCAGAAAAGAGCCGGAGAUGUUUUACUCGGGGCUCCUCACAGAGCCAACGAGGAAGGACGUGGACAUGAGAGAAGCCGCGUCUCUCCGGCAGCAGAGGAGAAUGAAGCAGGCGGUUCAAUUUAACCACAAGGACUCGGCUGACCUGCUCCCGUUAGAUGGACUGAAAAAGCUGGGAACUUCAAAAGAUACUCAACCACACAACGUCCUGCAGAAACGCUUGAUGGAGACAAACAUGUCCAGGCUGCGCCACAACCGAGGGUCAUGUUCUCAGAAGAACGACCCCUCAGCCCAGGCAAACAAACUGAAUCAAAUGAAACUGGAAGGCCCCAAGAAAACAGAGCAGGAGGAGGACCUCAUCUUGGUAUGCUGCCAGUGUGCUGGGAAGGAAUUACAACUUGUGGUUGAUACUGGAUGUCAGCGCAAUAUCAUAUCGUCUGCCUGUUUGGAGAGACUAGGGCUGAUGGAGCAUAUGAAAUCCUUCAAGUCUGAAAGUGAGAAGAUUUCAUUGCCGCAUAAUACGAAAGUGAUCGGUCACAUAGAUCAUCUGUCUCUUACAAUGGGCACGAUCCACGUGGACUGUUCUGCAGUUGUGGCAGAAGAUAAUGAGAGAAACUUCUCCCUGGGGCUACAGACACUGAAAUCUUUGAAGUGUGUGAUAAACAUGGAGAAGCAUCAUCUGGUCCUGGGAAAGACAGACAGGGAAGAAAUCCCUUUUGUCAGUAACUCUUCUGCACAUGAAGAGAAUUAUUUCCUAGGGCACAUCCUCAAGGCCGCUACCUGCGCUCCUGGUUCAGUGCUGUAGCACACAGCUGGAAGCCUGGGAAGUGUCCCUGGAAAAGCUCUUCUGAGGCGUGAAGCAAACUGCCCCAUGGGCUGCGAAGAAGCGGAGUGGUUGAAACAGAAGUUGGCAGCAAUACCCCACCCUGCUAGACUGCAGCUGGACGAUAGCUAAAUGAAAAAAGAGGCAUCUGCCAGGAGCCUAGGGCAGCUUCAGCUUCAGCCAUUCACUUACCAUGCCAAGAGUCUGGACAGCGGGCUUGUAAGUGCACGUCCGAGUCCACUCUUCAAAAUGGUGUCCACUUUACGGCCAUUCCAGUAUGAAAAUGUCUGUUUGGAAAAUCAUCUCUCUUCUUAUGAAUGGUUUAGUGAAAUGAAUCACUGCUUGUGAAAUUGGAGGGUGGGGGAAGGACAAUUUUGUAACUUCCUCUUUGGAACUGAUUGUAUUUAACUGCAAUGAGAGAUUUUGGGCAUCAGAUUUUUAGAACGUAUUUUUCAGUGGCUGACAUCACCGGGUCAUAAAAAAAAAGGGUAUAUUUCUGUGGAACUUAGUCCAUCAAAACACUCAGAUACAUUCAGAGGGUCGGAGGUGGUAUGAUAAAGCCAUUGAAGCUUGUAAUAUUACGGCUUUGAUUCAGGAGGAGGGUGUUGAUUAUCACAGAUUUCUCCUGCCCCCUGAAAAUCUGCUCUGGAGGAUUGGAGGACCUUCUAGAAAAGUGUGUGGGGUGUGUGUGUGGGAUCUAUAAGGGGAAGGGGGAAUUAGUGACCAUUGCCUCCCCACUUCCCUGCAGCAGUAGCCUCCUCUGAAUAUCAGUCCCGUCUGUGAAAGGAAGGAGCUCUUCAAUUCACAGAAGGGACAACCCUGUGAAUUUUCCAAAUGUGCAUAUUGCCCAGAAAAUUAUGAAAUUUGAAUCUCAUUUUUGAACUGUAAAAUAUCCAGUUUUUCAUAAUAACAUAGUUAAUUAUAUUUUCAGGUGUUUUUUUUUUAAAUCUAUUUAUUAUUUGGAACCAUAAUACAGCAUACAACAGAACAGCAGUAUCUGCUUGCUCUGAUACUAAUAUUUUAGAGUCUACAAACCAUUAUCUACCAGUGAUAUUUGUUUCAUUAAAUUUGGAAAACCUAAGCCCUCUUUUUCAUCUUGGUUGCAAUAUUGUUUUAAAUAGAUGAUGAUGAUGAUGAUGAUCCCGUAAGAAUCAAUUUGUACAUUUUUGCCAGGGGUUUAAUUUAGCUCUAUCAAUAAUGAUAGGCAAACCUCUAAAUAAACAUUCUGGGACAAACAUAUUUUUUAUUGCUGCUUGAUUAUUAUUUUAUUCCUACUUAAGCUGGAUGCUUUAAGGAUCAUUGAAAGAAAUCUAGAAUUCUACAUUUAAAUAUGUAUACCAUUUGAAAGCCAAUGUACUGAUCCCUUUGUAUCUCCCAUGGUAUAUUGCUGACAAUAUAUAUUUUUCUAGGUAUAUU